UUAUAAAAUUUUCUAUAAAAUAAAUGGAAGAUAUCAUUUCCGAAGAGAAGAACAUUGAAUCCAGUCUAAAUGACUUAAUGAAGACCCUGCCUUCAUAUCAUCUACGGAACUGGAGUUUUCUGAAGCAAUAUGCCUUUUUCGAUCCAAUAGUCUACUCCAGAGAUGCUGAAUCCUUUACUAAUUAUUCAAAAGUAGAGGAUAUUGUUUUUAAUUAUACAAAAAAAUACAGAGAAAUCACUAAGCUUAAGAAAGCUUGCCAGAAUUUAAAGAAAAUAAGUAGCCUUAAGAUUAUUGGAAGUAAACACACAUAUACGGAAAGUCUUAAGAUAUAUAAUGUGUAUCCUUUGCUCUAUAAAGUUACAAGAUUCGUCAGCUUUGACGGAAUGAAGAUCCAAAGAAAAUGAUUCCAAAGAAUCUUUGCUAUUUGAAAUAAAACAGAAGAAAUAUGAUUCAUUGACUGCAUAAUCAUGACAAAGGGAUUUGAUCUUUCGGAGAUUUCAGAAUCGUUACAGUUUGGUGUCAAAAAGCUUGAGUUUUAUUUAUGAGCAGAUCCUGAGAGGCAAGAUGGAUUCCCCAACAAAUUUGAAAAAGUGUUUUACUCUAUUUUAAGAUCUAAUCUGAGAAAUAGCUUAGAAGAAGUUGAAAUAACAGCUACUGAGACAUACCAACACUUCGAUGAUGAAGUGGAACAAGAAUAUGACUCGUACCAUAUAAAACUCAAAAUCUCUCAUGUCAGAGACAUCUAACCUCUCCUUGCUCGAAAUCCACUCAUAAUCAUCCAAACCCCUAAUCUCUCUCUAUUUCAAUC